GCCAACAUUGAUUCAGUCUCGUUCAAGUAGUCGAAAGAAUUUGUCGGUUAUAAAGUGUUACUACAAUAUUCGCUUUUUUUUUCAAAUCAAAUUUACCCUCAGAGUGGAGUGAUAAUAUUUGAAUGUUUUAGUAGACGAGCGCAGUUAUAUUCACGAAUUUCCAACAUGAGAUCAUUAUUGAUGGAUAAUAUUCGAGCGCGAUUAGGCAGCUGUGGGACAAUCACGAUAAAAUAUUUGCUCUUUGUCUUCAACCUUAUAUUUGCGGUAUCAGGAUUAAUUCUCUUGGUUGCUGGUAUUUUGGUUCUAUUAGACGUGAAUGAUUAUCAGCACUUUGUGGAGGACAAACUAGUAGCUCCGCCGGUUGUAUUGAUUGUUGUUGGCACCUUUGUCUUCCUUGUGGCAUCACUCGGCUGUUAUGGAGCCAUUAAGGAAUCGCCGAAGCUGCUGAAUGCCUUUGCCGUGUUUCUUUUAAUUGUUUUAAUAAUAGAGGUUGCUGUGGCUAUUGCAGCCAUAGCGUUCAAGUCGGACCUUCAUAAUGCUCUUGAAAAUCAACUGGAAAAAUCGAUUGUCAGACACAACAGCGCGGACAUGACUGCAUGGAAUAGUGUACACAAACAAAUGAUGUGUUGUGGAGUCCAAGGUCCGAAGGAUUGGUAUGAUAACAAUAACAGGACCAUGCCAGCCAGUUGCUGCAAGCCAGAUUUGAUCGAUCCCGAAACCAAUGACUGCAAGAAUGCUCUUCCUCUGUUCAUGGACCGUUACUAUCAGGAAGGAUGUUUGAUGAAAUUAAAAGAUCAUCUCGGCAUGAAUGCAGUUAUUAUCAUCGCCGUCGGUUUCGCUAUUGCAGCCUUUCAACUGUUGGGUAUCAUUUUUUCAUGUUGGCUUUCUUCAGCGAUCAAGCGGGAGAAUAAUUAGAUAUAUUAACGCAUAAUCUAUUCGUUAUUUUAAUAAUUUGUCAAAAUAUAGAAAUGAUUUAUGGAUUAACUUUCAAUCUAUGAGCAUGCUUGAUGAUAUGCCAAAAAACUCUCAGAUGGUUUUACGGUAAUUAUAGCACUAAUUUAAUGGAUUAAUGAAAAUCGCCCUCGCAAAAAGUGCAGUUAUGUUAUGUUAAACUAUGUAAUAAUUCACUUAACGUUUUCACUAUUAUAUGAAUCUGAUUCCAAAAAGUAUAAAAACAAUUCUGUAAAUUCUGUACAACAAGGAUAUUAUGAAUGCUAGAGUAGUGAAAGUUACAAAAAUAAUUUAAGUUAUAUUAUAGAAGAUAGCGUUGCAAGAAAUGUCAAAUUCAGUAGCAUUUGAAUUAAUUUCUAUGAAUGCUACAGUUAGAGACACUUCCAUUGUAAGAAUCACAAUCGACGUGGCGAACAUAAACGAAUAUGAACAAAUGCACUUAACACUUCAAUUUAGUUUUGUGAAUGGUGAGGAUCGUUUGUAGCAAACAUUUUGCUCAAAACGCUUAAUUAGACGUAAAUAUAGGUACAAGUUAGAGUUCCGAAAGUCAUUAGAAAAAGGGCUUCGCAUAAAUUUCAAAUACU